AUGUCCACGAGGGCAAGGCCAGUGAGAUCCACUGAUGGGGACUUGGCCCUUGUACAAAACCGCCUCUUCCAAGCUCGAUGGACUCUUGGGACUGACGCAAAAGACCCAGAGCACGCGACUGGUUACCGUUCCGACGUCGCCGCGCGGCCACUGCCAACGUCCGAGAGGCCAGGACAAGAACAGCCUUACGGCAGAUGCAAAGAUGGCCACAAGCGCGCUAUCGUAGUGGACAGAUCACUACGUACGGCGUCUCCGUCUUAUCUCAUUUCCCCUCCUUUUCCGUUGUUCGGUUUCUUCUCGUUUUCCUUUGGUCAAACGUAUACUCUCAGCAUCGUUGUGUGCAACCGCGCAACAAAGAGUGCCGCCGAUCGCCCCCAGCGUUUAUCGGCUUCGCCUGCGAAGCCCAGCGGCUUUCGCUGUCUCGCCUCCGCCCUUCGUAUCCGUCCUUUAUGCCCGGACCCAAUGCGCCUCUUUAGCAAAUUUCACGCGGUCUGCGCCUUGGCUGUGUGCAGCAUUCUCCUGUCAGCCUCCUUUCUCGCCUCUCAGCAUUACUAUCGUCGGGUAGUCUUGACAAAAGAGCCCUCGUCGGAUUUCCGCGCCACGGCAUCUUUCGACCGUCGCCUAGUCGUCUUUGGUGACUCGUGGAGCGAUAACAAUGCAGCCGAGCUUCAGGGAUCUGUAUGGACGGACUGGCUUUGUAACUCGUUCUCAUGUCACCAUGAAAACUUAGCGGAGACGGCCAAGUCUCUGAGAGGAAACUACAUUGGCUCUGUGGUGGAUAACACGGAGCUGUCGGGUUCCUUACUCAACCUCUACAAGUCUCCAUUGGCGGAUCUGAAAGCUCAGGUCGCCAAUUGGAUUGCGGCGGAGACGGAAGCCACGAGAGAGAUGGAUGCGACUGCGGUUGGCAUGCGUCAGAAUCGCACCAUCGUGGUUGUCUCCUUUGGUGUAUGGGACUUGUGGAACGUAAUGGCAAAGACGUACGAGGACGCAUCCCAUGCAGUCGAUCGCAAUAUCAAAGUCAUUAUGGAGGAGCUGGAUUUGCUGGCCGAGACAUGGGGCAGCAAUGACCUCAAGAUCAUCCUGACAUUAGCACCAGAUGUAACCUUCCUGCCGGCCUAUAGAGCGCAGGGGCAGCCGCAGAUUACCAAGCACAAAGAUGCCGUGAGGAUCGCAGACUAUUGGAACGGAGAACUCCGCAAUAACGCCGAAGAUUGGUCGAAUGGCACGAUUUAUUUGUUCGACACCAACUCUUUUCUGGCCGACCAGAUUCGCGACUGGCAACUCUUUGCCGCAGGGAUCGAGGAAGAGAGUGGAUUGGGGAAGAACGAGGAUCCCGGUUGGGAGAAUGUUGAAGACGCAUGCGUCCAAAGCAGCCAGCAAUGGAUGGUGACGUCAGGCGCGCAACAGUGCGACCGUCCGGAGAAAUUUCUGUUCUGGAACGACAUGCACCUUGGCCCCUCAGCGCAUAGACUUCUGGGCGCGGAAGUGUUCCAUGGAAUCGAAGAGAUGUGGCUCCGAUGA